GAUAGGUCUCCCAUCUCAAUUUUUUUGCGAGUCGGGUUUUCCGAAUUCAGAAUAUCAUUCUUGAUUGUGCUGGGCGUGAAAUUCUAUGUUUAACGGUUCUAGGCUAUCGGCAUUGCUUGGAAUCUUUGAUGCAUUUUGAAACGCUUGAUAAUUACCACGGAUAUUAGAGGAUAUUAAUGUCGUCGAUUAUCAAGUUUGAAUAUGAUGCUGUCCUUCGUCCGCACCUUACGCUCCUCUCUCGGUUUUUCACGAGGAUGGCGGUUGCUCACAUUGGCGUUUCGCGUGUGUCUGCUUCAUGGGUUUGCGGCUGUGUUCACGGAAGCCGUCUUCCAUGAUGCCACAGGCUUUCAAUGGGGAUGGGUAUAUGCACUCUUCGAGUUCCUAUUUUACGCCAUUGUGUUGCCUGUGUUCAACUGGAAUAAUCCAGGAUUCUGGUUCGGGAUGUCUGAAGCGCGACAGGCUAUCGUCCGAGCGACUCAGCGGAUUCACUAUAACCGAAAACAUGGCGAUGGCGAGUUGUCUACCGAUGGAGGUAGGAGUAGCUUUAUCUCGAGCAUUAGCGGUGAAAAUCUGAGGCAAGACGUUUUUCCACAACUUGAUGUCCGUACUAGCACUAGAGAAGAUGAAGAAGUACUUGGGCGUGAUAGAAGACGGACAGGCUCAAAUUCGAAAAAUGUUCGCAGACGGAAGUCAAAAAAUAAAAGAGGAAUGUCUAUUGACAAGAGGAAGAAGACUGGCGUCGCUGUGGAGAGGCCGGAGAAGCCGAGCUCUGAGUCUACUACUGCUUUAUCUUCAGCAAUAAAAGAUAUUGCUACUGUUGGGAAAAGCACUGCCAAAACACGGAGCCAUGACGUUGCGAAGGCUUUCCACUACGAGAGCGCCCUACUGAGUGGGGUGUUGGUGAUGAUAUCGCACGGGUCCGGACUGGCUGCCACAGCUCAUGUGGGGUUUAUUUUUGGUAUGUUGUGCAAGUCAGCAAAAGUGCCGCUCAUUCUUCUGAUGGGGAGGUGGCAUGCGUGUUUCGCUUUCGAUGAACGAAGAACAAAUCGUGGCAAAGUAGAUGAUGCUUCCAACGCCAAGAAGAACAUUAAUGCGCACCAAUUGACCUACAAAGAAGUGCUCGGAUCGCUCUGCGUAUUCGCAGGUCUAGCGAUUUUUGGUAUUGGUGAACAAUUCGAGAGUCCCAGAUUUAGCACUACUGGAGUUGUACUCAUGGGCCUAAAUUUAAGUGUCGCAAGCUACGGCGCCAACUCACAACAAAGCAUUUUGCAGGGAACUAGAGAGCCUGAGUCCGCCGCCCCCUUAUCUGCCUGCAAGAACGUUGAAACAGCGAUUGGUGAUCAUCGUGUAACAACUGCGACAGAUGAGACCAAAAAGAAGACAGGGGGACGAACGAUGAUGAACGUAAACGUGAGUGAUCAUGUCAAGCUGCCUCGUGAGGAUUUGCUAAUGAUGAUUCAAUACUGUGUUGCCCUUUUGCUAUUAGUCGUUUACACGCUCCUAUUGGGGGAACUACAGGUCGCUAUGGCAUGGUAUACGAAAGCUUGUACACAGCAAAGUUUUUUGGGGUUUUCUGUACCAUCAAAUGAAGUAGUAGCUCGUAUUAUUGCUUUUUUUGGGGAGACUAUUUUUGACAGUACUAGCGAUCUUUCGGCGUCUGAUAACAUUGAAAUCGGGGUCACCAUUUCUCUAGGAAAUAAGGUGCUCCUUCUUGCUAUUUUAGAUAAUUUUCUGAGUUUCAUUGGUAUCCGUGACAUUUUCAAGAUUACGCGUGAAUUCGAUGCCGCCAGGGCAAACGCCAUAUGCGGCUGUCGCAAGUUAUUCACCUUUGCACUGAGCUAUUUCAUCUUCCCAAAGGCUUUCGGAAGAUUCCACGCAAUCGGAUUAGCGUUGACUGCUGUUGGCGCAUCUUCGCUGCACGUUGGUGCAGAAAGCAGGAGACGUUCCUCUGCUGGAAAACAAAAAUGAUCCUAUUUCAGCAUUCGUCCCAGAUCAGUUGUUUUAUUCUAUUUAAUUACAGUUUCAAGAAUGAUGAACGAU